GCCAUUUUCAGCAGCACUAGGCCACGUCCGGCUGAGGACCCAGUGGCCCCUGCUCGCUUCUCCAAGGGGAAGCCUCUGGAGGAUUCUGUUCCACGCGCGCGGGGCAGCCCAGGCACCAGGGCCCUAGAGGACCGCACAGCCCGGUUGCCAAGGGAACCGCCGCCGCGCGCCGCUGCACCCUCCGACUAGCCGCUGUGUGAGGGGGCCAGGCCGGCGCAGGCCAGCAUGGAGCUGCCGGACCCCGUUCGUCAGCGCCUGAGCAACCUCAGCCUCACCAUGUUCGGCGACUCCAGCCGCACCGGGCCAGAGUCCAGUGAGGCGGCGGAUAAUGAAAUGGUCUCCAGCCUGGCCUUGCAGAUGUCACUUUAUUUUAACUCUUACUUUUUCCCACUGUGGUGGGUGAGCUGCAUCGUGAUGCUGCACCUGAAGUAUUCGGUCUUGCCUGAUUACUACAAAUUCAUUGUGAUUACUGUCGUCAUCCUCAUAACCUUGAUUGAAGCGAUCCGGUUGUACCUGGGCUGCAUGGGUAACCUGCAGGAGAAGGUUCCUGAGCUGGCCGGCUUUUGGCUCCUGAGCCUUCUACUGCAGUUGCCCUUAAUACUUUUCUUGCUCCUUAACGAAGGCCUAAGGAAUCUGCCCUUGGAGAAAGCAAUACAUAUCAUCUUCACUGUCUUCCUUACUUUCCAAGUCAUCUCAGCAUUUCUGACCCUGAAGAAAAUGGUCAACCAGCUGGCAGCCCGUUUCCACCUCCAGGACUUCGAUCAGCUGUCUGCAAGCAGUGCGGCUGUGAGAAGGGUGAGGCAAUGCACGGAUGAGCUCUGACCGCGUGCCGACCGUAUGCUGACCUCAUGCUGACCAGUGGACAUCAGAAAGAUGAUGCAAGAGGACCAGGAAGUAAGAGAGUGACAGGACAUCUGAGUUGGGCCUGAGAAAGGGUACACACAGGCUAGGUGUGUCCUCUAGCUCGGAACCCCCCUAGGCAAUGCCAAGGCUCACCCAUAUCAACCCUACAGCUAAGGGGAUAUUUCUGAUGUUGGUUUUGUUUCUUUGUUGGUUUCUUCAUGAGUCUGUUGGCAGUUGCAAUGCCACCUUUUUUGUAACGUUUCCAGUUAUAAUCUGUGACAAGAAAUGUGUGGCACUUCAGAUGAAAUCAGCUUUGUCCAGUGGAAUCUCACUGAGUGUGUCAACACCCUCCAGGACAUGCCCUGGCCCAGAAGGAGUCAGCCAAUAUGAAAUGAACUCUGUGGCACUCUUGUGGACUUUUUGUUUCAUUUGCUUUUGUUUUGGCAUUUCUGUCUUAUUAUUAGAGAGUAAAAAGGUUUGGGAAUGAGUUGGGAAAGGGGAAAACAUGAAAAGUAUAUAGUAUGAAGAAAAGAAUUAAUAAAAAAAAGAAAUGUGUAACGUUUCUUUUAAACUUGCAUCAUAUGGAAGUGCUUGAUCAAUAGGAUGCUUGUGCAUUAAGUGGCAUUUUUAACCAAGACCAAAGUUUUGGGUGUGCUAGCACUCAGUUCCAAAUGUCUUCUCAGUUGUUAUCUUGCAGUGAAAGAGGCAGGCACAUUGUGGUGUUUAAGGAAUAUUUGUCACAAAAAAUUUUAAGUUUUAUAAAACCAUGUUCAGUAUUUGUGGUAAUGGCAUAUAAGCUGUUUUUACCAUAAAUCAUAAGAUAUUUAGAUUAAACUGUCAGCAGCA